AUGCCAGUUCUGAGGCGCUGGGAAAGGAAGUCUGUGUCUCAACUAGUGCAGCAAUAUCAAAGCUGCACUGACUUGAGAGACAUUGGAAAGUAUCACAAAAAAGAGGACCUUGUGGACGGGAGAUGUCACGAAGGAGACGUACGCGUGAGUUUGUCCAGAUGUCUGUCCAUGGACGUCCUGCCGCAGAGGCCAGCGUCCAGCACCAGAGCCUUGUGUGCGCUGUUUGAGUCAAAGUUGCAGUACUCCAACAAACCACUAGAUGGCGGUCUACAGGACAGGAAAAACAACAGCAAUAAUCCAAAUGUUCAAAAGGAUUUGAAUUUGUUCGAGCGUACAGCUAUGAAGGAGUGUUCUAACAGAGGAACAAGAGUCUUAAAGGAGCCUAGAAAGAGUGUAGCCUCAGAUGAGAUAGAAGCACUAAAGACGCAGUGUAUCCACAAUAAGAUAAUUUCUACUGAUGAUAAAAAUAGUGGCAUUCUGAUUAAGGGGUCAUCAAUCCAAAGCAGAUACCACAUACUAACUUCCUCUUCAGUGAGAGACCGCUCCGCUCUGUAUCUGUCCUCUGCAGCCGACGCCCCAGGAGAGCAGCCCGAAUCAUCUGGUGUUACACACGAAAGAAAGACCAAAGUCACAAAGAUGGAUGUCACUGAAGGCAGAAUCACUGUUUCACACACAGUAUGUGAUGAUGACGAACUUCCUCCUCCUCCACCUGUGCCUCCCAGGCCAUUGGAUUAUGAGGAAUCUUCUACAGGAAGUCCUCUUCCCCCACCUCCACCAAAAGAAUCCUUCUCCACUUAUUACCAACAACGAAAUAAAAGUGAACUAAAGAGACUGUUUAAGCACAUCCACCCGGAUCUCAGAGCAGGUCUUGAUGACGUUGCUGAAGAAGAGCUGUUGAGGGCAGUUCAGAUGGAAAACCCUCAGGCAGCAGAAGACCUGUACCAGGGCGAAGUCCAGUCCAUGAGGUGGAUUUUUGAGAACUGGACGCUGGACAAUAUUGGAGAACCACGUGGAACUAAGAAGUUGCUAGAUGUGGAGGAUCUAACAGGUGGUGAUGUCCGGGGUACCACGUCUAAGUUUGAGCAUGCUGAUUUGAACCAACCAACCACCCAACGACAAGUCUCGAGAUAUCAGCAAGUGAAGACGAACCCUAAGUAA